GCCUGCCUGGGGAAUCGCCGCUGGUGCGGGUGCUGGAGGAGGAAUCCCGCAGCCGCCUGGGCCGCUUCAACCAGAAGGACGUCUCCAUGGUCUUCAGCAGCGUGAUGCGGCUCCACCCGUCCAGCCCUCACCCCCUGGUCGAGUCUUGCCUCAGCAGUUUGGAGCGGCACCUGGAGAAGGAGCGCCAUCCCCAGACCCUCUUUCUGCUCCUCUCCUACUACCGGCUGCGGGCGCAGGCGCUGCAGGGACACCCGGCCUCUGACCAGCAGCUGAUCAACAACCGCAAGAUCCUGCGCCUCGUCAGGCACACGCUGGGGCAAGUGAGUGCCAUGCGGGAGCACGAGCUGGCCCUCUUGGACGAGAUGCUGGCUCUGUGCGCCCAGGAGGCGAACAACAAGGCCCUGGAGGCCAUCUUCAGCUCUCAGCUCUUCUACGAGAACC